AUGCUCUUUAAUAGCAGCAGAAUGGCAUCUCUCGCCCACCAGCUACGUCCGGCCCUCCUCCGUCGCGCCGUCGGAGGCCGCCGGUGCCUGACCACCAACGCGACGCAAGCCGCCGCCGAGCUCCUCGACACCUUCGCCGGCAGAGACGUCGUCCGCAGACAGCUCCUCGACGCCAACCAGCUCCAGCGCCUCAGCCUGACGCUCAACCGCAGGGAGCUGCACCGCGGCCAGGACGUCUCCGCGGACGCGCCGGCGCAGGGCACGCCGCUGCCGCCGGGCUACCACCUCGUCUACUUCACGCCGGCCGGCGUCGAGAGCGAGCUGGGCAUGGACGGGACGGACAAGACUUUCAACGCGCCGGCGCCGUUCACGCGCCGGAUGUGGGCCGGCGGGAGGAUGCGGUUCGUCGAGGGCACCUCGCUGAGGGUCGGCGAGGAGGUCGAGGAGCGGACGAGGCUUGUUGCGGCGACGCCGAAGACGAGCAGGAGCGGCGACGAGAUGGUGCUCGUCGACGUCGAGAAGGAGUUUUGGGGCCGCGACGGGCUGGCCGUGAAGGACCGGAGAUCAUGGAUCUUCCGCCCCGAGGUCAACGUCUCCCGGGCCGCCGAGACGGCACCGCCGCGCGGCGUCAGGCCGUCAGCUUUCGGGCCCUCCACGAUUACCGACCGGGCCGGUGCAGACGGCAGCGGCGUGGUCCGCCACCUCCGGUGGUCCCCCGUCGGCCUCUUCCGGUUUUCCGCCCUCACCUUCAACGGCCACAUGAUCCACUACAACGAGCCCUGGACCAAGGACAUCGAGCGCCAUCCCGACGUCGUGGUCCACGGGCCGCUGAACCUGAUCGGCAUGCUCGACUACUGGCGGGACGUGUACGGCCGGGACGGUGCCGAGGUGCGGGAGGUCGGGUACAGGGCCGUGUCGCCGUUGUACGCGGGCGAUGAGUACACCGUCCGCACGGCGGCUGUCGAGGGGGGCAAGGAGUACGAGAUACUGGUCGAGAAGGGCAGCACGGUGUGCAUGAAGGGUGAGAUUAUUAGCAGCUGA